AUGCUUCUCACCUUUGAGCGCAACGGCCGCUCACCAUGCAUUCUUUUCUUCCUCUUCCUUCUCGUUGAUUCUCUGACUGCUUUUCGGAUCACGGGUGCUUUGGGAGGCAUCGGCUCUAAUGGCGAACGACCCCUGAGAUAUGAGAUACACGACUUCGCGAAUUCCGGGCCAGCUUUCGACUUGUACAUUCUCGCUCUGAGAGAAUUCCAGCUUCUCGACCAAUCUGAUCCGCUCUCUUACUUUCAGAUUGCAGGAAUUCAUGGCUUUCCCCGGACCCCGUGGGAUGGAGUCGCAGGCCGUGGUGGCUAUCCUGGAUUCUGCAUGCACGGCUCGACUCCGUUUCCCACCUGGCACAGACCCUAUAUCGCACUGUACGAGCAACUCAUCUGGCAGCACGCUCAAAAUAUUGCCGUCACUUAUCCUGACGACCAACGCGAACAAUAUGUGAACGCUUCACUCAACUUGCGGCAUCCCUAUUGGGACUGGGCAGUUCAUCCGAUGUUGCCAGAUGUCGUCGCCGAGCCGCAAAUCACGGUGAACACCCCUAGGGGGUGGCAGACGAUGGACAACCCACUCUACCAAUACGUCUUCCAAUCCAAUGCUGUCGGAAACGGCUUUCCUCUUUCCGACCCGAUGGCCAACUUCUCGCGAACUGUUCGCUGGUGGAACCAGACAUCCAAGUCGAGCAACCAGAGUGCAGCAACUGCAGCUUUAUUGGCCAAUGCCCCUGCGAUUCAAUCACUGGUGUAUCAGAUGUUUACAACCGUGACAGACUAUACCGCAAUGUCCUGUACUUGGCCUGGCGGUCAGAUGGGAACUGGUAACAACAUCGAAACCAUCCACAACAGCGUCCACAACAGCAUCGGAGGAUAUGGGCACAUGCAAUUUCCAGAGGUUGCAGGCUUUGAUCCAGUGUUUUAUCUGCAUCACGCCAACGUGGAUCGUUUGUUUGCCAUGUGGCAAGCGCUGUAUCCGGACAGCUACAUGGAGCCGACCGUUAAUACAUACGGAUCGUACUACGAGCCUGUUGGAUUUGUCGAUACGGCAGCGACUGCUCUUGCUCCCUUUCAUUCCGACGACGGGGGCACAAUGUUUACGUCCAACGAUGUCCGCAGUACUGCAACGUUUGGCUACAGCUAUCCGGAGCUCACCGACUGGGAAUUGAACCCGGAUCAGUUAGCCGCGAAUGUUCGGGCAAUAGUCAACUCACUUUACGGCCCCUCCACCAACAGCACCAUUCGACGUGCCUAUGAGAAAGUCAGAGGCAGAUCUACGGAUAUUGCGGAGUCCUUCGACAAUAUUUCGCUCGAUCUCGCACGACAUCUCAAUGUGAACAACCUCAAUAAACAAUGGUCUAUCACAGUCCUGGUCGACCGUUUUCCGCUGGACACAAGCUUCUGUAUUGAUUUCUUCAUGGGUAAUGCGCCCAAUGAAGUCUCUCAGUGGCCAACAGCUGCAAAUCUCAUUGGGACGUAUGCCCAAUUCAACCCAGCCAACGUGACAUUGUUUCAUCCCAAUGGAUUUCCCCAAGGACAAGUGCGCGGAGAGAUUUCCAUGACACAUACGUUGGCAACAGGUGUCUCGAGAGGUCUGCUUCGAGAUCUUUCACCGCGAUCUGUGGUCCCGCUAUUGCAGAAGGCUCUGACGUGGAAAGCUCGCACUCCGGCAGGGGAGGAGGUGCCGGUCACAGCGCUUUCCGGACUCUCAAUAUCAGUCUCAACACGACCACUUGUACCUCGAACGGCCAGAAAUCGUUUUCCGCAGUACGGUGCAGUGCAAUGGCUCGACUCUGUCACGGACGGGAAACCGUGUGGGGCAGGACGUGCGCAUUGA